AUGUCGAACUUAUUUUAUCCGGAUGAACAAAAACAAUUGAGAAAAUCUAUUAUUGAAGGCAAUAAGAAACGAAAGGUUAACCAAACGAUAGAAUCUAGUAAUGAAAGUGUUUCUUCAACUCCCAGUCCAUCACUGGAAACAUCCGAUGAUAUUAUUAUGGAUGACAUCUGUUAUGAUGAAAGUCAGACCUCUACGGACGUGUCAAUAGAUAAAAGUUUUGACAACUUUUUAAUCAAUACAAAUACUUGUGAUUUGGAUCAAUCAGUCAUACCUAUUACGAGACCCAUCACUGAUUACAGCAAUAACUACAAUGAAUUAGAGGGCAAUAAAUUGAAUGAAUUAUUGGAUGCCCUCAAGAUUUUUCAGAUUCCUGUGACCACUACUGAACAACGACAUUUAAGACUUUAUGUGAGCAUGAUCAAAUGA